AUGGGAGCAAGAGGACAAAGGAGAGGACUCUUUCUCUGUAUCAUUUUGGUUUGUUGGGAGCAGGUUGCAGCACAGAUCAAAUAUUCCAUCGCAGAGGAAGUCAAAGAGGGAACGGUAGUUGGAAAUGUUGCCAGGGAUCUUGGACUGGACAUCAGCACGUUGGAAAAGAGACAUUUUCGUAUUGUUGCAGGCGCAGAGGGGGCUCAGUUUGAGGUAAAUGUGAACAGUGGCAUCCUGCUUGUGCGUAAAGCCGUCAACAGAGAGGAGCUCUGUGAUGGAGUCUCACCGUGUUUAGUCAGUUUGAAAUUAGUUGCAGAGAAUCCCAUGGAAAUACAUCAUGUCAGUGUAGAAAUUAUAGACAUAAACGACAAUUCACCUAAUUUCCAAGAGGCAGAGAAGAAUUUUGAAAUAUAUGAGUCUGUUCUUCCUGGUAGACGCUUUCAAUUGCCAAAUGCACACGACCCAGAUGUUGGGACUAAUACAGUGCGUGCAUAUAAAUUAAAUGCAAAUGAAUAUUUUAGUGUACAAAUUAAAGAAAUAGGGGAAGACAAGGUGCCUCUUUUAGUUUUACAAAAGUCUCUGGACCGAGAAAAGCAUUCCAAGCAUAGUCUUGUUCUCACGGCGGUUGAUGGUGGAACUCCACCAAGAACUGGAUCUCUUAAUAUCACAGUUGUGGUGCUGGAUUCUAAUGAUAAUCACCCAAUAUUUACACAAGAGGUCUAUUCUGUAACUCUAUCUGAAAAUGUAAAACCUGCCACACGCGUCAUUCAAGUGGAAGCAACUGACUUGGAUGAUGGAUUAAACAAAGAAGUUGAAUAUUAUUUUGGUGGGCAGCUUGAAUCCAAAAUAGAUGAAAUGUUUAGUUUGGAUAAAAACACUGGUGAAAUAAAAGUGAAGGGCCAGAUUGACUUUGAGAAAGCUGAUGUUUACAAAUUAGAUGUUCAUGCUACAGAUAAAGGACAUCCUCCUAUGAGUACCUAUUGCAGGGUGAUGAUUAAAAUAGUUGAUGAAAAUGACAACCAACCAGAAAUAGAUGUCACAUCUCUGUCAAAAACUGUAGCAGAAAAUUCCAAACCUGGGACUGUCAUUUCUCUCAUAAGCAUCACAGACAAAGAUGUUGGAAUGAAUGGAAAAGUCAUAUGCAGUCUUUCACAAAAUGUUCCCUUUGAAUUAAAACCUUCAUAUCAAGAUAACCUGUACUCACUCGUACUGAAAGAAAAAUUGGAUCGAGAAUUAAUUUCAGAUUAUGACAUCAAAAUUACGGCUACGGACCGUGGUCAACCUCCUCUUUCCACAUUUAAAAAUAUUCAUAUUGAUGUGUCAGAUGUGAACGAUAAUAUUCCAACCUUUUUGCAAAAUCCAAUCCAACUUUAUUUGUUGGAAAAUAACACACCAGGGAACUCAAUUUUUUCUGUCAAUGCUUUCGACAAAGACUUGAAUGAAAAUGCUGCCUUGACAUAUCACAUUAAUAGAGGCGAAGAAAGUCAAGUUCAAAUGUCAACAUUUUUAAACAUAAAUCCUGAGACUGGUGUCGUAACAGCACUAAAAAGUUUUGACUUUGAGACAUUGAAAAGUUUCCAUUUCCGAGUGGUGGCCACAGAUGGCGGAAAUCCUCCACUAAGCAGCAACGUUACGGUGAACGUGUUCAUUCUAGAUCAGAAUGACAAUGCUCCAGUAAUCCUUUAUCCUGUCAACUCAAAUGGAUCUGCUGAAGGUGUGGAGGAGAUUCCUCGAAAUAUGAAAGCAGGCGACUUGGUGACUAAAGUCAGAGCCUUUGAUGCUGAUAUAGGAUACAAUGGCUGGUUGCUCUUUUCAUUUGGGCAAGUAAACGACCACAGUCUCUUUUCUUUGGACCGGUACACGGGCCAGAUCAGAACACUUCGCUCAUUGACAGAGACAGACGAAGCUGAGCAUCGACUGCUCAUACUGGUCAAAGACAACGGCAACAUUUCACUCUCAGCAACAGCUACUGUGAAUGUCAAACUUGUGGAGCCCAAAGAAGCUUUUGCAGCUUCAGAUGUCAAAAGUGCAGCGAAAUCAGAGCAAGAGGAGGACAAUGUUACAUUCUAUCUCAUCAUCACUUUGGGCUCAGUCUCACUCCUUUUUGUUAUCAGCAUCAUCGUGCUGAUCGCCAUGCAGUGCUCCAAAUCCACCGAGUACACGUCAAAGUAUCUCCAAGAAACUAAUUAUGAUGGCACACUGUGUCACAGUAUCCAGUACAGAUCGGGAGACAAACGCUACAUGUUAGUUGGACCCAGAAUGAGCAUCGGCUCGACCGUUGUCCCGGGAAGUCACGCCAACACACUGGUGCUCCCUGACAGGAGGCACACUUCUGGGGAGGUAAGAUAUAUUCUGUGUAGGUUUCACUUCUGA